AUGGAUGAUCACGUAGUAUCGACAUUUCCGUCGCCUCCUAGCGAAUAUUAUAGUUGUUAUACAGAGGAGAAUGUUCGGGAUGGCUUAACACCAAAGCCACCGCCAAUUAUCGAAGGCAGUUAUGAAAUUUAUGGCAUGAAAUUCGAUACUCGUGAUCCAACAAUUCGAUCGCUAGAAAGUCAAAAGAUUCAGCAAGUAUUCCGAAAAGAAAGUAGUGUAGAUCGAUUAGCAGAAAUGAGAAAGAUCAAUUUCUCCAUUUUGGUCAAUUUUAUCGAGUUACUAGAUCUAAUAACCAAAUCUCCAUUUUCACCCAAGAGGCAUGAAAAACUGAGCCAUCUUGGCACUCUUUUCAUCAAUAUUCAUCAUUUAAUUAACGAAUACAGGCCGCAUCAGGCAAGAGAGACACUCAAGGCUAUUCUUGAAUUACAGAAAAGACAAAAAUUAGAAGCUGUAGAAAAAAUUAAUAAAUGCAUCGAUGAAGUUGAAAAUAUUAUUAACACGUGCGGGAAUUUAUUGGAGCCCGUAUGUAAAGAAGAAAAAAUUGAGUCAAGCGAUAAAAAUGACAUUACGAAUACAGAGGAAAGUGAAACGAUGAAAAUUGUCAACAAUAAUGACAAUAUUCAGCUUUGUUCGCCUGUCAAUCGGUGGCUGUGUAAAAUAACGGAUGAAAUGGAAUAA